AUGGAGAUGAUAUUCCAGGCUAUUCAGUGCACAGAGGAAGAGAAGGUGAUUUUUGCUGCUCAGAAAAUGAAGGGGCCAGCAGGUAGAUGGUGGAAUACGGAGUCUACGUAUUUCACUAACCGAGGGAUUCCAAAGGAUUGGCAACACUUCAAGACAGCUUUCUUGGAGAAGUACUAUCCCAACAGUGUGCGUGCUUUGAAGGAGCGUGAAUUUCAAUCUUUCAAGCAAGGCAACAUGUCGGUAUCUGAAUAUGCUGAGAAGUUUGAGGACAUGGCUGCCUAUUCAAGACAAGCUGCCUAUGCACCAGAUGAGUUAUGGAAGAUUGAUCAGUUCCUUAUGGGGCUGGAUGCUGAUAUUGUGCACAGUGUGUCUCAAAGGGAGUUUACCACCUAUGCUGAGUGUUUGAGGCAAUGCUAUGUUGCCGAGAACACAUUGAAGAGAGUCCAAGAUGAAAGAGAACAGAGUAAGCCGGUUCGUAGGGAACAAGGAAGGUCAGGGCAGCAUUUGAAACCCCGCAAUUCUCCAGCCAUGAAGAAGCAGGUUUAUGGAGAUCGUUCUACUCAGCCUCCUCGCUGUGUUAGAUGCAAAGGAAAUCACUUUGGGAAUUGCAAGCCAAACUCUGGGAGAUGUUACCGUUGUGACCAGCCAGGGCAUUACGCAAGGGAUUGUACUGCCCCGAAUGCUCCCGAGAAGACUAGAGGUCGUGUUUACACCUUGGACGCUAGGAAGGCCCAAGGAAACACUAAUCUUGUUGCUGGUACGUGUUAUGUUAAUGAUCAGCCCUUGUUUGUGCUAGUUGAUUGUGGAGCAACACAUUCUUUUAUUUCUUAUCCUUGUGUGCGGAGGCUUGGUUUUGAGACGAGUCUUCUUCCUAAUCCUAUGAUUAUCUCGUCGGCUACGGACGAUGUAGUAGAAGCUCGAGAAAUUUGCAAGGAGUGUUCUAUUACCUUCAAUGGUCGUAGGUUCGUGAUUGAUCUCAUUUGUCUACCUCUUAAGAAGAUCGAUGUAGUACUUGGUAUGGACUGGUUGACAGCUAACUCGGUUUACAUCGGUUGUAAAGAGAAGGCUAUCUUCAUUCGUGCUGAGGAGACUACACCAACCGAUGCCAUUAAACAUCUUCUUGAAGGUACAGUUAACAUGAUCAAUUACCUUUUUGCUCAAGAGAAGUCUUUCCUUUUGGUUCUUACGUCAGACUCCAAGGACAAGAAGAGUGUAUUGGAGAUUCCGGUUGUGUGUGAAUUUUCCGAUGACGAGAUACGGUCAUUACGAGUUCUUGGUUAUGCCAUUCGGGGUAACCAAUGCUCCUGCUGUCUUUAUGGAUUACAUGAACCGGGUGUUCCAACCAUAUUUGGAUCAGUUCGUGGUAAUCUUUAUAGACGACAUAUUGAUAUACUCUCGGACUAUCGAAGAGCACAUGGAGCAUUUGAGGAUUGUGUUGUCGGUUCUCAGAGAAAAGCAGUUGUUUGCGAAGUUUAG